CUAGACGAGCACAUGAUGGGAAUCAACCAAUGGCUCCACUGCUCUCCUCAGGGGCCCCGUGUGUGUGUAUCUGAAGAAGAAAGAGAGUGAAACGGCGAAAGAAACCAUCGAAGAAUCCUAUUACUCUCACCCGAAACACGGAACGAAAACUUAAGACAUCAUAUGUCCGUCUAUCCGCCUGGAACGACCACUUUGCCGUCGCAACGUAAGCAUUUUCAUACGCCAGCAGCGCGCGGAACGUGAACGGGGAUUAUAGUGAGCUCCAUUCAUGUGCUCGGCGUCAUUAACCCGCUGCAGAAGGUUUACUUGAAAACGGGGAUCUGUUGCGGACGCUAUCGACGAUUUUUCUGCAUACCGUGCAUUUCGAGGAGAGUAAAGUUUCACAUGUUUACUGGGCAUGUUUACAGACUGGAUGCACCGCUCCUCACGUAGUGCACUAGCAUUAUUACAUCAAGCCCUUUGCUACUGUGUUGAUAUAUUGUAGCAGUGGAGUCUAAUGUUGGGCUUUGCGCAGGCUUUGCUCGGCUGUGCAUGUGAUCACAGAUCAUUGAUGUCGGACAGCGAGCGCACGAGCGUUUGGAGUCUCCGCGGUUCUGACCAAACAUAGGGAAAAACGGAUGCAAACUGUUUAAACUGUCGUAUGUUCAGGACGAGACGCACGGGUCUGGUUCGGCGACUCUGGAGAAGCCGUUUGGUCACCGCAGGUAAAGAGGGGGGCGAUGGAGGUCCGGAUGACUGGAGUGACAGCAACCCAGAGAAGAUCCCCAGAACGGAAUACGCACCGGGAAACAACGCAGGCUCGUGCGGCAGACGCGUAGUGGAGCGCGGGGAACCGGGGGUCCUUAUUGAACACGAUGGACCCCUCAACGAGGGGAGCGAGGGCAGGACGGUGACAUGCUGUUUGUUUAAAGACCUCCCUAGAGGCAAAAACAGACUCACUUGCCGUGUGGAACAUAGGAACCACAACAACUAUAGCAGUUUGAGUGGCAGGGAACGGAAAACUGGUGCCGUGACCGAGCAAGAACUCAAGAAGUGCACUUAUGCCUUUCUCAAAAAGUUGAAAGAGAAGUCUCUGGAUGUUUUACUGGAAGUUGUUGAGUCCCAAGGUGGGAUGCCGAGUGGAUGUGUUCUGGUAUCGCAGACUGAGGUGCGAAUCGGAGGUCAUCUGGUGUCUCCACAGUACCUGCUGUGUCGACUUUUCCGCUGGCCAGACCUACGGUUAUCUUCUCUCCUCAAACCACUCUGUCAUUGUCAGAGCUUCAGGGCAGAGGACAGCCAGACCCUCUGCUGUAACCCCCAUCAUUACAGCCGCCUCUGUGGACCAGUAAAGGAUGAUACACCACCGCCUCCUUAUUCUCAUCUCUCCCCCUUACCAGAACACAAGCCACUGAAUUCUUCCCUCCCAAUGCUGCCUUACAUAGAAACCGAAGCCACUCGAUCCGCUGGCGGCCUGUCCCAGGACUAUUCAGAUGCCAGUAUGUCUCCCUCCUCGCUGGCGCAGAAUCACUGGUGUAAUGUGGCAUACUGGGAGCUUCGCACCCGCGUGGGCCGCCUGUACCCAGUUCACGACGCCUCUCUCAGCAUCUUCUACGACCUACCUCAGGGUACAGGCCUAUGUUUGGGCCUGCUGCCCCUUUCUCAGCGCUCCACUUCCGUCCAGCGCACCCGCGGCAAGAUCGGCCAAGGCAUCCUCCUCAGCAAAGAGCCCGAUGGAGUUUGGGCCUACAACCGCAGUGAGCACCCUAUAUUUGUCAAUUCGCCCACUCUGGAGCAUCACCCCUACCUGAGUCUGACGGUGAGGAGAGUAAUGCCAGGCUACUCCAUAAAGGUUUUUGACUAUGAGAAGUCGUGCCAAAUGCAACCGGUCAGUCAUUCGCUGCACCCGGAAGGGCCGUACGAUCCGAACAGUGUGAGGAUCAGUUUUGCCAAGGGUUGGGGACCGUGCUAUUCCAGACAGUUCAUCACAUCGUGUCCAUGCUGGCUGGAGAUUUUACUCAACAACCACAGAUAACCAAUCCACCUUUUUUCUACACCACAAUGAUGCUUUGCGUCAAUUAUGGGAGUCACUUCCUUUAAAUUAAAUGUUUUUAAAACUGGGAACAAUUUUUGAGGCGGCGUUAUUCUCUUUAUGGUUCAUUAAUCAAAUAUUUAGGAAAACAAAUUCUAAGUAGACCAUGAAGAACCCCGAAAUCCCUUUUCACAGCAAUAUUAUGGGUGUCUAUUGAAUAUUACUUUACGGUAGUGAAUUCUAAGAGAAAGUAAUCUAGAGCAGUGUUUCCCAACCCUGUUCCUGGAGGCACACCAACAGUUCAUGUUUUGGAUGUCUCCCUCAUCUGACCCAAUAACUUCAGGUUUUGGAGUCUAUUCUAAUGUUCUGAUGAGUUGUUUCAGGUGUGUUUGAUUAGGGAGAGAAUGAAAAUGUGUACUGUUAGUGUGCCUUCAGGAACAGGGUUGGGAAACUCUGAUCUAGAGGAUCAAAACAGUGGGCUUUGACAGAUAUGCUUGUGUUAAAAUAAUUUAAAUAAAAGCAUAGUUUUCUCAUCACAUAUAUAAAAUAAAUAAAGCACAAACCCAGACAUACCUCUCCCCCAGUUUUAACCAUGAAUAUGGAUCAUUUGUAGUGCAGCCAAAAUUCCUUUGAAAAUCCACAAAGCCGGAAGUGCAACCCAUAAUUUGAAACACAGUCGUCACGUGUGGAAAAAGGUGGAUAAACAACAAACAAACACAAACUCAAUACGAACUCUCAGAGACCCGCAGCCACCAUCCCAAAUGUAAUCUAUCUAAAUUUAAUAUAAAGUUUUAUAUAAACGUAUUAUAUGGAAUACUUGUAAAUAUUGAGUCAUUUUUACAGCAUAAUUAUUUAUGUAUGGUGCAAUGUCUUCAUGGAUGGACAGGAAAUAAAAAAGAAAAAAAGAAAUG